UAUAUGGCUGACAGGUUGAGAGAGAAAUAGAAAGAGCAAGUCUGUGAGAGAAUGGAAAAUUGGGUGAUUCUGGUUGUGAUGUCUUUGGCAUUAUUAGCAAUGGGAGCAGAAGAGGUCACAUAUGAUGGAAGGUCCCUUAUCAUUGAUGGACACAGGAAAAUACUCUUCUCCGGUUCCAUUCACUAUCCUCGCAGCACUCCUCAGAUAUGGCCAACGUUGAUAGCGAAAGCCAAAGAAGGAGGUCUCAACGUGAUUCAGACAUACGUGUUUUGGAAUCUACACGAGCCCCAACCCGGACAGUAUGAUUUCAGCGGCAGAUAUGACUUGGUGAGAUUCAUAAAGGAAAUCCAAGCUCAAGGGCUUUAUGUGUGCCUCAGAAUUGGACCUUAUGUUGAAAGUGAAUGGACAUACGGGGGAUUCCCAUUUUGGUUACAUGAUGUUCCUGGCAUUGUCUACCGAACUGACAACGAACCAUUCAAGAUGUACAUGCAAAAUUUUACGACAAAAAUAGUGAGCAUGAUGCAAUCAGAGGGCUUAUAUGCUUCUCAAGGAGGCCCAAUUAUACUGUCACAGAUUGAGAAUGAAUAUCAAAACGUCCAAAAAGCAUUUGGAGAAGAAGGAUCGAGGUAUGUUGAGUGGGCUGCAAAAAUGGCAGUGGGCCUCAAAACUGGCGUACCGUGGGUUAUGUGUAAGCAAACUGACGCUCCUGAUCCAGUGAUCAAUACAUGCAACGGGAUGAGAUGUGGGGAAACUUUUACGGGACCAAAUUCUCCCAACAAGCCCGCGUUGUGGACAGAAAAUUGGACAUCUUUCUAUCACGUUUAUGGUGGUGAGCCAUACAUAAGGUCUGCCGAAGACAUUGCAUUCCAUGUCACUCUUUUUAUUGCAAGAAAAAAUGGAAGCUAUGUCAACUACUACAUGUACCAUGGUGGAACUAAUUUUGGGAGAACGAGCUCUGCUUAUGUUAUAACAUCCUAUUAUGAUCAAGCUCCACUUGAUGAAUAUGGUCUAUUAAGGCAACCCAAGUGGGGACAUCUUAAGGAGUUGCAUGCAGCAAUCAAGUCUUGUUCUACCACUUUAUUGGAAGGAAAGCAGAGCAAUUUCUCUUUAGGUCAACUACAGGAGGGUUAUGUUUUUGAAGAAGAAGGAGAAGAAGGAAAAUGUGCUGCUUUCCUUGUAAACAAUGAUCAUGUGAAUAUCUUCACUGUCCAAUUCCGCAACAGAUCAUACCAAUUGCCUCCAAAUUCGAUCAGUAUCUUACCAGAUUGUCAAAAUGUGACUUUCAAUACAGCAACUGUAAAUACAAAAUGCAACAGAAGAAUCAUAAGUCCAGUACAAACUUUCAGCUCAGCAGAUAAAUGGGAGCAGUUUCAGGAUGUCAUCCCUAACUUUGACCAAACAUCGUUAAUAUCAAACUCAUUACUUGAGCAUAUGAAUGUAACCAAAGACAAAUCAGAUUACCUUUGGUAUACGCUAAGGUUUGAACAUAAUUUAUCUUGCAGUGAACCAAAACUCCAAGUUCAGUCAGCUGCUCAUGUAGUCCAUGCUUUUGCAGACGGCACAUACUUAGGAGGGGCACAUGGAAGUCACGAUGUGAAGUCAUUCACCUUAGAGGUCCCUGUGACCCUAAAUGAAGGGACAAACAAUAUAUCUAUACUAAGCGUUAUGGUUGGACUCCCGGAUUCAGGAGCAUUUCUUGAACAGAGAUUCGCUGGCUUAACCACGGUGGAAAUUGAAUGCAGUGAAGAGUCCUACGAUUUGACCAAUUCUACAUGGGGAUAUCAGGUUGGAUUACUAGGAGAGCAAUUAGAAAUAUACGAAGAACAAAGUGACAGUUCUAUUCAAUGGUUUGAACUAGGGAAUACUACUGAUCAAACAAUCGUUUGGUACAAGGCGACAUUUGAUUCACCCAAGAGUGAUGAUCCUGUUGCGUUGAACCUUGAGUCUAUGGGAAAAGGCCAUGUUUGGGUGAAUGGACAAAGCAUUGGCCGUUAUUGGAUCUCGUUUCAUCAUUCCAAAGGCCAACCUUCACAAACUCUGUAUCAUGUGCCUCGCUCGUUUCUGAAUGAAAAUGGAAACAUAUUGGUUCUGUUUGAGGAGGAUGGUGGGAAUCCUCUUCAUAUCUCCCUCAACACUGUUUCAUCUACAAAUAUAGAUGACACUUGUCUAAAUAAUCACUAAUUCCUCACUGCUACUCAAUAUUUAUAUGAGAAAAAGAUAAAAACACAUACAAUUCAGGAAUAUUUUCUUGCACAUUCAUAGUAAAUCAAUUGAUCCAAUGUGUAAUAUUCUUCAAAUCUUAAUUGAUUGGGAUUCAUAAUCCAAAUACUCUUUGGAAUUUAUUGUAACUUUUAACAUUAAAGGAAUGAAA